GAACCUUUACCCGAGCAACCAAAAUACAGCUUCGGUUCUACCAUGCUAUCUCAUACAUACAGAGGCUUGUGUGAUGCCACGCAAAAAACCUCUUUCGCACAAAAAGCUCCAUUACUUUGUGUCGCCUAUGAGUUUCUACAGUUGUGGUCCUGGGAAUACCUCCCUGUAGGACGACCUCGUAUAGUACAACCCAUAUACCCAUAUGACUUUGGCGAGGGUGCUAGCGCAACUAUGGCCACCAGGUGGACAAAGGCACGGAAACGUUGGUCUCCAGAUAUUGCGAAAAAUUGUUACCCUAUGUACCACCAGCAGUUUGAGAUACUUGAUGAGGCAGAAGUCACAUGAAACCCGUGGACUCAGGACCAGCUAAAAUUGGUCUUUGAUGCUCGACACUUCACACCAGGCAUGUUGACCGAUAGUGCAUUCUGGCUGACUCGCUGCAACUUAUUGUUCCUGUGGUGUGUUGAACCUUACAACCCAGAGCGUGUAAUGAGACAGUUCGGUCUCUAUCAAGAAAUUCCACCACCUUUUCCCAGACGUAUCGAUGAGGAAACACAUAAGCUAACCAAUAUGGGCAGGGGUUGGAGUUUAUACGAUUGGAGGGAAGAGAACAGUGAAUGGGUACACAAGUGGACAAAUGAAGCGCUAGCAGAUAUAGUGCGUGAACUUAGGCCGUACGAUGGAAGUACAGAUCAAGCGUACAAGCAGUGGUACUGCAUGAACACACGUGCUAGCCUGGCCAGUCAGCCAGCUACUAUACCAACACAUCUCACACAAGAGGAGCAGGCGCGGAGACAUGUUGAGCUGCAUGCAGCUUACUAUCGUGACCACCUGCUUGAAAAUGUCAACGAAGUAGGGCAGAUGGCUAUGGAUAGCAUGCCGGCCCAGGGCCCAUAUCGCAAGACAUUCCAGAAACUUUUGCAACAAUUCGUGGCAAAGAAGUUCAGAUGCGGUAGAGGCGACGACGUUGCCACUGGAGCAUACAUGCCGGUAGCGAGGUCAGCCAGACCGAGUGCGGCACCGUCGUCCAGACCGAGCGAGGCGCGUACGAGCCAUGAGCAAUGGGGGGAGGGUCCGAGUACUAGAACGACAUUGCCACGACAUGACUCAUCUCUGCCACUGCAUCGCUCUUCUUCGAUGCAGCUUCGUAAGGGGCAAACAUCUCAGGACCAUGGCACGGGCUUGGAUUCGAUGCCCGAGCAGUUUCUUUCCCCUAACCCAUAUGCGUACACAGGAUAUGAUGCAUACACCCAAGGUGAGGGAUCUCAGCCGUUUCUCUCCACGCGAGGGAUCCCCAUGCCCGAGGAGACUCGUGUACCAGAUUUAAACCAGCACCAAGUACAAUGGCCAGACAGUAUAGGAGAGGGAUAUGCUCAGGACACACCUGAUGUUAAUUGGGGCGAUGAGAACACCCAACGCGGCGUCAACACAGGCCUCCGGGGAGCAUCACAUGAUCAUGGCGUCAACACAGGCCUCCGGGGAGCAUCACAUGAUCUUGGCGACACGGUUACAUCAUUAGUUACAGAGUUCUUCGGAGGGGAUGUUAUUGGCCCAUCUUUUAUCCCCCCGGAGUCACAACCAUACGCCUACAAUUACGCUUCAGGUUCGCAACAAGGAUUCGCGACUCCACCACCUACGCAGGACUCGCAGACACAUGAAGCCGAAGUGGAGUACGGCCGCGGUCUUCGUGUGAGCCGGCCACCUAAUCGCUUGUCGCCUUCCGGUCGUAAGGAAAGGCCAGGUGGUCGUCGUUAA